AUUGAGCAAUCUUCACUGGUUAGCGGGCUAUUCAAUGGAAAACGAAAGCUAUUACUAUUCUCCCCAUGGCGUCCAGCAACGUAAAUGACCCUAGUCAAGGGAACAGCUACCAGGAGAACUACAGCUGCUCUGAGAGUAACUCUGAGAGCAGUGCUACAGAAGAGGAAUCAGACAGUGAUGCAGCAGGACCCCGGCAGGAUCAGGAAGAGCCUUGCCGGUACUACAACAGUGGUCACUGCCGGGAUGGGAAAAGGUGCCACUACCGACACGUCUGCAAAUACGCACUGAGAGGCAACUGUCGCUAUGGAGCCAAGUGUCGCCUCAAGCACCUCAGCUCCUCCUCUGACAGUGAUGGAGGAGGUGGAAGGAGGGACAGGAGGAGGACUUUAUCUGGAGGGAGAGGAGUUGGGAGAGAAAGGAGGAGGUCUUCAUCUGGAGGGAGAGGAGGAAGUGGAAGGAAGGACAGGAAGAGGUCUUUAUCUGUAGGUAGAGGAGGAGGUGGGAGGAGGGACAGGAGGAGGUCUUUAUCUGGAGGGAGAGGAGGAGGUGGAAGGAGUGACAGGAGGAGGUCUUUAUCUGGAGGUAGAGGAGGAGGAGGAAGGAGGGACAGGAGGAGGUCUUCAACUGGAGGUAGAGGAGGAGGUGGGAGGAGGGACAGGAGGAGGUCUUUAUCUGGAGGGAGAGGAGGAGGUGGAAGGAGGGACAGGAGGAGGUCUUUAUCUGGAGGGAGAGGAGGAGGAGGUGGAAGGAGGGACAGGAGGAGGUCUUUAUCUGGAGGGAGAGGAGGAGGUGGGAGCAGGAACAGGAGGAGGUCUUUAUCUGAAGGUAGAGGAGGAGGUGGAAGGAGGGACAGGAGGAGGUCUUUAUCUGGAGGGAAAGGAGGAGGUAGAAGGAGGGACAGGAGGAGGUCUUUAUCUGGAGGGAGAGGAGGAGGUGGAAGGAGGGACAGGAGGAGGUCUUUAUCUGGAGGGAGAGGAGGAAGUGGGAGAGAAAGGAGGAGGUCUUCAUCUGGAGUAAGAAGAGGAGACCGGGCCAGGGAAAGAUCUUCAUCUAGAGAGGCUCAGCGUGACUUUAGCGGGCCAUACAAAUGGCAGUUGGAAGAUGGACAUGGCUGGAAGGACAUAGCCAACGAUCACAUUUUGGAGGGACAGUACUCCCAACCCAACAUUAAGGGCAUCAAUAUCUACAACACCCCCUACGGCGAAGUGAGUAUUGAUUUCAAGGCGAUGAGAGUCCGCGGUAAGAAGAAUCUGAGGGUGAGGCGUUUGGAUGGUCAGCAGACAGAAUGGAUCUGGUUCUAUUCUAGUAGCAAAUGCUGGGCCAAGUAUGGAGAAAAGGAUUCCAAGGGAAACCCAGGCCCCAUCCAGAGUUCUGAGAUCGAGCAGAAAUUCCAACGCAACCGUAACGGUUCUCUUACGUUCAACAUCGGCUCCGAUACCUUCGAGAUCCAAUUCAGACAAAUGAGACAGGUGAACGGCAAGAGGAAGAGGAAAGUUGUCCGUCGUCCAAAGUACCAACCACCUCAAAGCGGAAGUCUAAUUGGUCGAGUGACGUCUGCUUUCCAGAGAGUGAAGAUGUCCCCAGCGGGCCAGAGUGAAUCUCCAGAGUGGCAGUUUGGGGGGAAAAGUGGGCGCUGGUACACCUUCAAAGACAGUGCUGACAUUGAAGACCAGUACCAGCAGGAUUUCCAUGGAUCCAUGUCCUUCACUGUCAACGGACAGGCCUACAAGCUGGACUUUUCAGCCAUGAAGCAAACCAACCAGUCUACAAGGAUGACGCGCAACAUCAGGCGUGUCUAGAGAGCAUGAGGAACAACUCAACACUCCAACAUCAUCAUCGCUGUUUAUUUUACGGGAUGUAGAAUUGUUGGGUUACUAUUGUUUACAUGCAAGAACCUGCCAUUAGCUCACGAACGAGAAAUACAUGCCUAUUGCAGAAAAGGUCUACAGAUAAUGGAUAUACUCCUGUAUACACUGUGUAUGAAACAACAUGCACAAUAACAAACUGUUUACCUUUUUCUGUUUUGUUUUUUUUGCCCUGCAAAAGCAAAGUGCAGUAUCUGCAAAACAUUUGAUCUGUUGUAAUGGCCUGGUGUAAUAUGUGAUAAUAAGGCAUUUCGUUUCCUGACAAGAACAACUCAGUCAAUCAGAAUAUAUCAUGAAGUACCAGAAAUUGCUGUAUGUCUGUGUAACGGAUGUGAAAUGGCUAGCUAGUUAGCGGGUACGCGCUAGUAGCAUUUCAAUCAGUUACGUCACUUGCUCUGAGACUUAAGUAGUGUUGCCCCUUGCUCUGCAAGGGCCGUGGCUUUUGUGGAGCGAUGGGUAACGCUGCUUCGUGGGUGACUGUUGUCGAUGUGUGCAGAGGGUCCCUGGUUCGCGCCCGUGUCGGGGCGAGGGGACGACGUAAAGUUAUACUGUUACAUCUGGACGGAAAAAUACUUUGAAGUCAGAUUUUGCUGUUCAUUAUUUUAAGCAGAUAUUGCACUUUGCCUUUGUAGAGUAUACAUAUAUGAGGAAUGCUGUAGCAGACUGCCAUGAUCAAGUAUCUGGGACAUUUAGUUAGAUAACAUUUGUGUGCAUGAUGUUGAAAUGUAGGUCAUACCUUUUAUCUCAGGUGUUGUUCGAAAAGACGGGAAUAUUCAAAGCCCUCAUUAAAUAAGCCUUAAUAUUUUUUAUUUAAUCGUUUAUUUGAAUCAAGGGUAAUAGCCAAUGAUGUUUAUACACAUCAUUGGUCAUCUAGCUUGUGUUCAUUUCUAACGUGGCUGCAGAAUAAACAGCCCACUGAGUGCCUUAUACUUUACCCCUAGAUGAGUUAUAUUUUUAUUCAGAAGAAGAACUGUGAGUAAACAAAUCCUAUUACGAACAGUUGAACAGUUUUACUUUUAGCAAUGAUGAAUUGAUUAUGUUUUAUGAAAAUCAAUGCAAUACAAUCUACAGUAAUGUGGAAGUAACAAUGUUGGAAUAACACUGCGUUAAAAUGUUCCUAAAAAUGAGCUGACGCUUGUCCUGGGUACCUUAAUAUGAUUGAAAGCUUAAACUGCCGUAUUGUUACUGUACACAAUGAAUAAAGACAAAAACAGUGUAUGUUUCCAUGUAAUAAGGUUAUGAUUAAAAGCUGAAUAAAAUCUGAAAUGUU